AUGGGACUCUUGAGCUCGAUUCCCUUCCCACGGGGCUCCUGGCAGGCCUCUCCUCCCCGCCAGGCCCCCGUCAGUGCAGAGCUGCUUCCCCAUGUGUGGUUUGUUGGCUCUCAGUCUCCUCCCCGCCCGGCCCCCGUCAGUGCAGAGCUGCUUCCCCACGUGUGGUUUGUUGGCUCUGAGCUCUUGCCCCUGGCGCGUUUGGAGCUGGGAAUCGUGCGCCAGGUCGCUUGGUCGGGUUAUAAUGAUGAUUGUACUAAGCAGCUUCUCUUAUUAGUUUGCAGGCUGAAGUCAUCCGUCAGCUUUCUUACUCGACCAGAUCGACCAAAUAUUGCUUAUCAGAAACUUAAAGGGAGGAAUCCAGGGGUUAUUUUCCUGCCAGGCUUCAAUUCAAAUAUGAAUGGUCAGAAAGCAACUGCCCUUGAAGAUUUCUGCAAAUCAUUAGGUCAUGCCUUCAUCAGAUUUGACUAUACAGGAUGUGGAAGUUCAGAUGGUAAAUUUGAAGAGUGUACAAUUGGGAAGUGGAGAAAAGAUGUUCUGUCUAUCCUGGAUGAACUUACAGAUGGACCACAGAUUCUGGUGGGCUCCAGCAUGGGUGGAUGGCUGAUGCUUCAUGCUGCAAUAGCACGCCCAGAUAAAGUAGCUGCUCUGGUUGGAGUAGCUGUAGCAGCAGAUCACGUUGUAACAACUUUUAAGGGGCUUCCCAUUGAGGCCCAAAAAGAAAUAGAAGAAAAGGGUGAAUGGAAGUAUCGAACAAAGCACAAUGAGGCAGGCUAUUACUCCUUGACCUAUGACUUCAUCAGAGAAGCAGAAAACCACUGUGUGCUGAAUAGUCCUAUUCCUGUGACGUGUCCUGUACGCCUUAUCCACGGCAUGGAGGAUGGUGAUGUCCCCUGGCAGAUCUCCAUGCAAGUUGCUGACCGUGUUUUGAGCAAGGACGUGGAUGUUAUCCUCCGCAAAAUCGGCCAGCAUCGGAUGAGUGACAAGGAGGAUACAAAGCUCCUUGUGAAUACUGUUGAUGAUCUAAUUGACAAGCUGUCAACAGUAGCAUAAGCUGAAGAGUAGCAUUAGUGCAUGAACUCUACACCUGACUCUUUUCCUUGAGUAACAGAAGCCUUGUUCUUACCCAGAUGGUGGCAGGCCUGCGACUGUCACAGUAGGAACUGAGCUUUAUCUGCUGUUUCCUUACCUCUGUUCUGUAAAUACAGGUAUUGUAUUAUUGCUGCAUUUGCACACAGUCCAAAGUGUGAAGGAGUGCUGCUAUUGUGUUCAGAACCUCUCCUUCACCACUUUAACCAUUUUUUUUCCACAAAUUUCCUAAAAUUUUGUACUGACAUGUUGAUUACUUUUUGUUACUAUUGGGCUGUACAGUAAAACUUUAUUUUCACAUCCUUGACACCUAUUGUUGUCCUUCUGCUGUAACAUCAUUGUAUCUUAUGUCUGAAACCAUCUGUGCAAGGCAAAAUACAACUUGAGUGUUUACUGAAGUUAGUUGUUAGAAUAGUGAGUACCAUGAAACACAAUAAAUAUUUCAGAUAAAUGGUUAUCUUGUUCUGAAAUGCUGUUAAAAAAAGUGGAAGGCACACCCUGAUGGUGUGCUUGGGGUACUACACAGGGAAGAAUUUGACUUAAGAAUGCAGGGCCUCAAAGCCUUAAGAGUUAUUUGUCUGUGCUUAUCAUAAGAGCGUGUGUCAUCUUCUCCAGGCUGCCUGUCAUUGUUCAUUUGUGGGCCUACUGUUAAGGGAGCAAUAAAUAAUCUUGGUGUAAACUGAAACUGGAUCAAUAAGGUGACUUUAUAGGAACUUCUUCAGAGUGGGAAGUGCAGUGCCACAGAGCACUGCUGCUUCCUUCCCAUGACUUGAAAGGUGUGGAUUACGGGGAACAGUGUUUUCUUCAGCUGUGUGAGUCCAACCCUGAGAAGUUGUAAAUGAAACUUGACAGCUGGAUAAUUCUUAAAAUGUAAAUUCACGGAAUUUAAUAGGGAAUGGACUUAAUUGCAAAUAGGACUGUUACCUGGGUUUUGUACAGAAAUACAGUGCCAUUCACACACUUGAGAGAGAGGAGCUUAGGUGAGAAGCUGGAAUUAGUUCAGGCUGGCCUUAAUGUGUAACAUCAGCCAAAAGCAUAUAAUUGUUUCUGGGUUUAUUAUUUGAAGUAGUAAAUGGCAUCACUAUUGUUACCUUAAAAGACUAAAGCUUCUGGGGGUAAGGUAUUUCUAGAGAGUUUGUCAUUUUCAGUUCUAGCUAUGUGAGUAGAAGUGUGCUGAAUAGGGCUUUGUUGAGGUAGUGGGUUUUAAUUUAAAAAAAACCAA